CCGCUGGAAUCAUGUGCUGGGAGGGGGACGAGUGCUGCCUCAGAGGCGGGCGAGGGGUACGGGACAAUGUUGUAGCCAAUUAAAGCAAAAAGUGCCUUAUGUUCGGGACCGAAAGAUCUUUUAACGAGCCCGAGCGGUCCUGUUUAUGAUAUGAGGUGGGCAGCGGGUCUGGUGAACGGUGAGGCGAGAGGGUGUUUGAAUUGAUUGCGGUUUCUCUGCUGCAGCUUUGCGCCCGGACUUGAGCUCUGCGGCAGGUGAGGUGCUGAACCGUCGCCCCUAUGGAUCGGCACCAUGGAUGCUUUCAAUUUCUCCUUUAGCAGCAGCGGCCCGGACAGUAAAGAGGGUGAUGAAGGCGCGGAGCCCUCCGUCCAAGCAUGGACGCGUAUCCCCGGGCAUGGCCCUGCAGCGGCGGCGACUCCGUCUGGAGCCGGAUACUGGACCGCCGUGUUUGAUUACGAUGCCACCGCCGAGGACGAGCUCAGUCUGCAGAAGGGGGAUCGGGUAGAGGUGUUGUCCAAAGACUCGCUGGUGUCAGGCGAUGAGGGGUGGUGGACAGGUAUGAUCGAGGACCGCGUCGGUAUUUUCCCCAGUAACUACGUGAGCAGCGGUAACGGCAUCUCAGAGAAGAUUCGGGACACGCCGGAGGACUACUCCGAUUAUUCGGUGCCUCAGUUACACUUGCUCCAGAUAGAUUUCAGUGAGUUGGCUUUGGAGGAAAUGAUCGGAGUUGGAGGUUUUGGUAAAGUGUACCGUGCCAUUUGGAAAGGCCAGGAGGUUGCAGUGAAAGCAGCCCGCCGGGACCCUGACGAGGACGCGUCACAGACGCUGGAAAGCGUCCGUCAGGAGGCCAAGCUCUUCGCCAUGUUGAAACACCCUAACAUCAUGGGCCUUCUGGGCAUGUGUCUGCAGGAACCAAACCUCUGUCUGGUCAUGGAGUACGCCCGUGGUGGGCCGCUCAACCGGGCACUGGCUGGGAAACGUAUCCCUCCGCACACGCUUGUGGACUGGGCUGUACAGAUUGCACGUGCCAUGCUCUACCUGCACUGCCAGGCCAUUGUACCUGUCAUCCACAGAGACCUGAAGUCUAGCAACAUUCUGAUUCUGGAGCGGGUGGAGAAUGAUGAUCUGAGCAACAAAACUCUAAAGGUGACUGAUUUCGGUUUGGCUCGAGAGUGGCAUCGGACCACGAAGAUGAGCGCGGCGGGGACGUAUGCCUGGAUGGCUCCUGAGGUCAUCAGGUCCUCGACUUUCUCCAAGGGUAGUGACGUCUGGAGUUACGGAGUUUUGUUGUGGGAACUGCUAACAGGAGAAGUGCCAUUUCGUGGCAUUGAUAGCCUGGCGGUAGCUUACGGUGUGGCCAUGAAUAAACUGGCGCUGCCAAUCCCCUCCACCUGCCCUGAGCCAUUUGCAAGGCUAAUGGAAGACUGUUGGAAUGUGGACCCUCAUGCACGACCUCCUUUCACCAGUAUUCUGGAUCAGCUGACAACUAUUGAGGAGUCUGGAUUCUUUGAAAUGCCAGCAGAAUCCUUCCAAUCCCUGCAGGAUGACUGGAAGCUGGAGGUUCAGGAGAUGUUUGACCAACUCAGAGCCAAAGAAAAGGAGUUAAGAUCCUGGGAGGAAGAACUGAGUCGUGCCGCUCUACAGCAGAAGUACCAGGAAGAGGCUUUACGGCGGCGUGAGCAGGAAUUGGCGGAGAGAGAAAUUCACAUCCUGGAGCGAGAGCUCAACGUCAUCAUUCACCAGCUGUACCAGGAGAAACCUCGUGUCCAACACCGGCAUGGAAAGUUUCGGCGCAGUCGGCUUAAACUGCGUGAUGGGAAUCGUAUCAGCCUGCCGUCCGAUUUUCAGCAUAAGAUCACAGUACAGGCGUCUCCAUCUUUAGACAGGAGGUGGAGCUUCCUGGGUAGUAACUCCACCCCUCCUAAUAGCCCCCCUGUUUUGCCACGCCUCCGAGCAAUCCAGUUGACCCCUGGGGUUGGAGGUCAACCUUGGGGUCGUAAUACUGCAUUCCAGUAUGAUGAAGAAGAGGAGAGAAAAUGCUCACGGAAAAAAGUGAGAACGCAACGAGAACACAGUGCUGAUGAAAGUUUAAGGACACCUAAAGAGGGCAGUCGGCAGCGUUCUUGCAGUGCCCCAAACCUGCGCCGGUCCCCCAGACAUAGUCCCGCUGUACCCGGAGUGUCCAGCCUGGCAGAGAUGGAAAAUGAAGACUGCUGCUUUCCAUCCGAGUCAGCUGACUCGCCCGGCCAAUCAUACCUCUGCAUCCCGUUCCACAGGGAUGGACCCGCUGCCGACAGUUACUGCAUGGAGAGCGGCACGGCUGGUGCGGCCCCUGACGUAUCACCUAGUUAUACACGACGGAGCCCGAGUGGGAACCGCAAAACGGAGCUGGUGUUGUUAGGCUGCGGUGCGGCUUUGGCUGCCGUGGCUUUAGGCCAUAACCUAUUGGAACUUGUGCGUGUGGAGGAAAGCGUGCGCCCGCGAUGGGAAGGGCUGUUUCACCGUACUGGCAGUCAGAGUCGCGGUGCCAGCCCACCCACACGCAAACUUUUCAAACGGGAAAGCCCCCGUCGACCGCCGCCUCUGCCCUCUUCCCUCACACUGCUGUCUCUCUCGUCUGUCUCUGACUGUAACUCAACCCGGUCUCUCCUUCAGUCUGACAGCGAAGAGCUACUUGUGCUCCGCCCACCUACCCCACAUGCCCCACCAACUGUACAGACUCCGCCUCCUCUGAACCCACUGGUUAACACCCACCUGGAGAGCUUCAAGCGUCAUCCUCGACAGUCUCUCACGCCUACACACGUGCCCUCUGCACCCAGUGCCACCUGCAAGCUUCAUCGCACACCUUCAGAUGGCGCAAUAAAGACAGCAUGCCCAUCUGCUUAUAACAACCAUAAUUACAACCCAACCACGCCCUCCAAAACAUUGCAGGAGCACUCAGUGAGUCCAAGGAAUCUAAGCGAGGACCCCACAGAAGUGCCCCGUUUGCCUGACCCUAAUUUAAUAUUUCCACCUACGCCACGUCGGCGCUUCCAACCUGAGCGGCCCAAGACUCUUGAUUUCAUGGCUAGGCCCCGCCCUUGUCCCCGAGUACGCUGUGGAUCCCAGUGGGGUGAAUCCCCUGCUCAUACCUCCAGCACUGAAACCCCAUCCACUGUGGAGUUUGGAGGAGCUGUGGCCGUCCUGCCUACUCCAAUGCAACAACCAACCCCCUGUUCCCCUUGGGUGAAUGACAGCCUUUUGGACCAACAGGAUGAGGGACAGUGCAAGGAUGGGACACGACCUCUCUCAUCGGAUCGUAAUUUAACCCGAGACUCACCUUAUAGAGUGCGGCCAGGGUUCUGUUCUUGAUUUCAGUCUGAG